CCAGGAGUCAGACCCUGCAGUCUCAGCAUUGCAACUCUAUUCCAUGUGCGUACAGGAGAUCAGACUUCACACAACACUGGGAAUCCUGCUUAUUUACUGGAUCAUCCGGAAUUUCACCCGUGGGCUCACAGCUAAGCGCGAGAUAUAGCUUGGAAUGCACGACUUUGGAAGUUACUUUUAAGCGGUGGAGUAUACAGUACAUGAUUGAAAAAAAGAAAAGAAAACUUUUGAAAUGCAUAAGCAUACAAAUGGAGAGUAAAGAAAAAUCAAUGUACCGAGGUAUUUGAAAUUAAAACGUAACUUUUUUUUUUGGUUGUUUUUGGCAUGAAUAUGUUCAUGCUGUCUUUGUUCAAACAUGAUUGUGAUUGAUCCUGCCUAUUAUAUUGCCAGAUAAAUAUUUCGGCGAACAGUUUAAAUGUAGCCUAUCAAAGAACAAUCUACCAUCGAGUUUCUUCAACUUGUGUCAAGUUUUUAUAAAGCUGACAGGUGCUUUGCACUAACUUCUCAUCUUGCGUCUGGUGAACGCCUAACAAAUGCAUGGUGAAGUUGACUCUGAACAUACAAUUCUGAAGUGAAUAUCGCUGCCGCAUCAUUCAUCCAAAUGAUCCCAUCAUUAUUAUUCCUCCUAUUAUCUUCACUCCAACAACAUGGAUCAACAGCUGAAUCCAGCCUCAGCAACACGUUUCAGCUUUCCAGUAUGAAAGAACAAAACGGAGUACAAGAUUCACAGCAUGAGAAAAUCAUUACAGUGUCAGGAGAUGGAGUAGUCCACAGUCCAGAGUUCCCCCGUGCUUACCCUCGGAACAAGGUGUUAGUGUGGAGGCUAAUCGCAGUGGAUGAAGGCAUGCGAAUACAGUUGACAUUUGAUGAAAGGUUUGGGCUGGAGGACCCAGAGGAUGGCAUAUGCAAGUAUGACUUUAUAGAAAUUGAAGAGCCUGCUGAUGGCACUAUUUUAGGCCGAUGGUGUGGAUCCAAGCCAAUACCUGGAAAACAGGUAUCCAAAGGGAAUCAGAUUAGGAUUCACUUUAUAUCUGAUGAAUACUUUCCUUCAGAACCAGGAUUCUGCAUUCACUACUCCCUCCUUCCAUUGAACCUUCCUGAACCAGAAGUCCCUUCAGUGCUGCCGCCAUCACUGCAGAGUGUGGACUUCCUAAAUGAAGCAGUCUCUGGCUUCAGCACUGUGGAGGAGGUCAUCAAGUACUUGGAUCCUGACAGAUGGCAGCUGGAUAUCGAAGACUUGCAUAAGCCAACAUGGCAUGUGCUUGGAAAGUCUUUCAUCCAUUCCAGGAAAUCCAGAGUGGUGGAUUUGAAUCUCCUGAAGGAAGAGGUGAGGUUGUACAGUUGCACCCCACGCAAUUUCUCUGUGUCCCUGAGAGAGGAGCUCAAGCGCACUGAUACCAUCUUUUGGCCAAACUGCCUACUGAUCAAGCGAUGUGGAGGAAACUGUGCCUGCUGUGUACACAGCUGCCAUGACUGCGAAUGUGCCCCCACUAAAGUCACAAAAAAAUACCACGAGGUUCUCCAGUUAAGACACAGAAGUGGUGGAAAAGGAUGGCAAAAAUCCAUGACAGAUGUGCCCUUGGAACACCACGAGGAAUGCGACUGUGUGUGCAAAGGCAAUUCAGAUGGAUAAACAUAUCAGACAGUGUGCUUUCCUCAAAGCACACCUCCAAAAAACAUCUGAGGGUGUGGUGUUUGUGAGCCUAUCUCUGUGGUCUCUGAGGAACCUGAUGGAUUAACAGUGAACUGAGGUAUGGUGACCCCAGCUGCCCAGCCUAUAUCAAACCGGGAUUUAGUACUACUGGGUGACAGUUGUGUUGCUCUAAGCCUGCACUUUUCUGUAAGGUCCACGGAAAGGGGAAAGAGAUUGAAAAAAGGCAACUGUUACUUAUUUCUCCUAUUAUAUUACUGAAAGGAUUUCACUCGUUUUCGAAUGCUUUGGAAACUAUCAAUUGAAAAGAACUCUGAAGAGCUGGACUAUUUUGAAGUUAUGCUGGCAGCAUUGGUUUCCGCACUCCCUACAAACUUUUUUCUAAAGAAAGUUGAAAGUUUUUCUUAACAUGUGGCUUUAUUGAGUGUGUUGGAAGAAUAUCUUUUUUUUUUUAACUUUAAAAUACUCCUGUGGUACAUUUAAAAAAGUAUGUUCAUGUCCUGCCUUCUGUUACUUUGUUGUUGUUUAGUAUUUACAGAACUGGGAAUCAAAUAAUCAUUUAUGUUAUUGAGCUGGUCCAAUUUUGCAAAGUCUGUUGAUAGGUUCAACAUACUGUAUGUCUUCACAAUGCAGUUUCUCUCACAGUUUAUAUCAAAUAAUUUUGUAUAUUAAAAC